AGACUGCCUGAUAUGCAAGUGUACAUAAAAAUAUGUGAACAGAAGCGGAGCAUUAAUGACCAAAAAACGGGGACCAUGGUUUUCGACCUCUCAUUUUCAUAAUGCUAUGUGCAGUUGAUACAAACCAUAGUACUUUGGCAAAUGAAAAGCGUUUGUAUUUAAAUACAAUUGGCAACAUUAAUUUAUGCAUGUUUGCUCUGCUGUUUGUUUUUUUGUUUGCCAAUUGCUGCUGCGCUUUUGGCAAAAAAGUUUGCGUUAAUAUGCAGGACCUUUGUUGCCUAAUCCUCCCGCACCUGCAUUUUGUUAAUUAUUUUUCAAUGUGCGUUGUAUAUUUUAGCAUAUCAAUAUUUUUCAUGCACAAAAUAGCCAUUCAGUGAAGUGUGAUUGCCAGGCUUCUUUAUUUGUUCUUGUCUUUUUGCACAUCCCAUGUCCCUGCAAUCCGAUACUGUAUUAUCGAUGGUCAACAACAACAACACAAACGCGAGUGCGUGUGCCCAAUAUGCUUCACAGGCCGUACAUGAAAGAU